AUGUCGUAUUACUUCACCAUAUUGUCACCAAGUGAUACUCCUUUAUUUAAUAUCGCCUUCGGCACAUCCAAGGGUGGUGGCGAUGGCAUUGCCCGCUUCCGCUUUCCCGAGACAGCACAGUACAUGAACCAGUUCAUCAUUCAUUCAAGUCUGGAUAUUCUGGAAGAAGCACAGUGGACAAAUGGCUCAAUGUAUCUGAAGCACAUCGAUACAUAUCCACCAGCAGCAGCCUACAUCACAGCAUUCCUGACCCCUAGCGGCGCCCGCUUUCUUCUCCUCCACCAACCCCCACAUCUCCCCUCCUCAACUGGUAGCAGCGGCCUCGGAGCAUCCUCAUUACUGGGAUCAGCUGGAUCAACCACGCGCGCCUCCUCGAGCUCCAUUGCCGCGAACCCCACAUCACCGCAGACCGAGGAGGCUGUGCGUCAGUUCAUGAACGAGGUCUAUGAGAAUUACGUCAAGACGGCCAUGAGCCCGUUCUAUAAGCAGGGGAUGGAGAUCAAGAGUCCUGUGUUCAGAACACGGGUUACGGCUGCUGGGAAAAAAUGGCUUUAG